AUGCCAAAGAUCGUAACUCACUUGCGGCCAAUAAUUGUUAUCUGAGUUGCGGACCAUGUGAAACCAUUGCAGCUAUUAGAAAUCGACUCUGAUGGUCUGUACUUAACAGGGGAGAGAUGUGCAACUAGGCAUACACCACCACUACAUGCUUAGCAGUAGCAGAGGAGGAAGAAGAUGGGGUUUUGGUCACUGUUCCCGGUGGCAUCCACACCAAUCGUGCAGGUGCUUCUCAUAGGCCUGCUGGGGGCGUACCUCGCGUCAGGUUACAGCAAUCUUCUUCCCCACAGUGCUCGACGAGACAUGAACAAGGUGGUGUUCACUGUCUUCACCCCAUCUCUAAUGUUUGCUAGUCUAGCGAAGACCGUCACCUUGAAAGAAAUCAUAUCUUGGUGGUUUAUGCCUGUCAAUCUCGGGAUCACGUUCCUGAUUGGGGGAAUCCUUGGCUGGAUAGUAGUGAGAAUCCUAAGGCCUCCGCGGCAUCUCGAAGGCCUCGUAAUAGCUACGUGCUCUGCUGGUAACAUGGGCAAUCUGCUGUGGAUAAUCAUCCCGGCGAUCUGCGAACAGGACGGCAACCCCUUUGGGAACGACAAGGUGUCCGGUGCCCGCGGACUCGCCUCUUUCUCCAUGGCGAUUGGAGGAAUCUACAUUUGGACACAUUCCUACAGUCUCAUGAGGAAUGCAAGCAAAAUAUACCAUGCAAGCCAUAUAUCUUGCCAUGCAGGUGUCAUAGAGAGACAUGGGAAUGACCAGAGAGUCUCUACAGAUCAGGAGAAUAUGCUUUCACUUCCAGUGGAAGUAAUGGAAGAAAUGGCAGACAACCAAAUUGAUAUCCCAUUACUACCCAAUGGAAGCCUCCAUGGCGAGAAGGUGAACUCCUGGGAUAAGAUGAAAGAGACUCUCCACAGUAUUGUUGAAGAGUUGUUGGCUCCACCCACUGUUGCCUCAAUAAUGGGAGUCAUCGUUGGUGCAACACCAUGGCUGAAGUCUCUGUUUGCAGGCUCAAGUGCACCACUGAGAGUAGUCGAAGACACCGUGAAGUUAUUAGGUGAUGGCACGGUGCCCUGCAUCACCCUCGUUCUUGGUGGAAACUUGACACAGGGUUUACGCAGGUCGGUCGUCAGCAAUGCGGUGAUCGUCGCGAUUGUUUGCGUUCGCUACCUCGUCCUUCCUGUGAUUGGGAUCGCAGUGGUGAGAGCGGCUUACGGGUUGGGAUUGGUGCCAUAUGAUCCACUGUAUCGGUAUGUCUUGAUGAUACAGUUCGGUGUCCCACCUGCCAUGAAUAUAGGAACGAUGGCUCAGUUGUUUGACGUUGGUCAAGAGGAGUGCUCUGUCAUCUUCCUGUGGACAUAUGUGGUCGCCACGGUGGCGGUCACAGUCUGGUCAACAGUGUUCAUGUGGAUCUUAUCGUAGAAUUACCGUCAGAAGCAUCACAAGCUAUAUAUGAGCGGCACGGAGAAGAUGGUUUUAUGGGUC